AUUAAAACCGUCAAAUACCAGCUAGGUCAAAGGCCUUGAACAUAGAAAUAUGAGAUUGGCGAGAUUGGCGAGAUAAGACGCUGUGACUAUUGUGCAGAGAGAGGCAGACUUUGGACCCACUUCACUAACUCCUCUUCUGGGUGUCCUUGUCCCAGACCGUAGCCUCCCGCCUGCUUGCACUGCUUAGCUCUCGUCUCUCUCUAGUCCUCACCAUGAAGAUCCAGUUUGCCCCUGCUGACCUGCCCCUAAGAAGAAGACUGCAGACGGCCUCGGUGCUGCAGUGGGUCUUCUCCUUCAUAGGCCUGGCUCCAUGCUGCAUCGUGCUGUUCUUCACUUUGCUGUUCACACGGUUCUGGCUGAUCAGUGUGCUGUACUCCUGCUGGUGGUUCAUCGACUGGGAAACACCAUCCAAGGGGGGUCGCAGGGUCCACUCCCUGUGUCGCCUACGUGUCUGGGAAUACAUGAGGGACUACUUCCCUGUAAAGCUGGUGAAGACAGCAGACUUGGACCCUAGGCAGAACUACAUCCUAGGUUUUCACCCCCAUGGGGUCAUGGUGGCUGGAGCCUUCACCAACUUCUGCACAUAUGCCACCGGGUUCAGGAAAAUGUUCCCUGGCCUGAACAGCUUCCUACUGAUGCUGCCCCUCUGGUUCAGGGUCCCCUUCUUCAGAGACUACAUCAUGAUGGCAGGCCUGAUUCCCUCGGACAAGGAGAGUGCCAGAUUUCUGUUACGUCGAAAAGGCGGUGGGAAUGCUGUUGUCAUAGCAGUGGGAGGAGCCCCCGAGGCCUUGGAUGCACGUCCUGGCGCUUAUACCAUUAUCUUAGCCAAUAAGAAGGGCUUUGUCAAACUGGCAAUGGAACAUGGUGCACAUCUGGUUCCAGUCUUCUCCUUCGGGGAGAACGAGCUGUUCGACCAGGUGGAGAACCCUCGAGGCACCUGGCUCCGCUGGAUUCAGGAAAAGCUGCAGUGCAUAAUGGGUAUCUCUCUGCCUCUCUUCCAUGCACGAGGUGUCUUCCAGUACAGCUUUGGUAUCAUGCCCUACAGGAAACCCAUCAACACCGUGGUGGGACGGCCAAUCAGAGUGGAGAAAAAUGAAAAGCCCACAGAAGAGGAGCUGGACGAGCUCCAUCAGCUCUACCUGGAUGAACUCAGCCAGCUGUUUGAGGAGAACAAGGGGAAGUACGGAGUGCCAGAACAUGAACAUCUCAGCUUUGUCUGAGGAGGACUCACAAGUAAAAUAAAAGGAGGGAGAGAGAAAGGGGGAGAGGUGGGUAGAGGUGCUUGUCCAUGUUCUCUCACUUUACUUUUUCAACCAGAGAAACCUUUACUUCCCUAAUCAUGAGAAGAAUCCAGCCCAAACUAGAGGAGAUAAGAAACAGAACUUAUUAAAAACGGGACAUUGUUAUACAAUGUUCAUCGUGUUAUAUUUUAUAUAUAUAUGUACACUUUUUUAUUGCUCCAUUUGGCCAAUUCUUUACAAUUGUAGCCACCAUCAUAGUCCAGGAUUCAGGCAAUAUUGGAAACUAUAAUUAUCCCAGAGCCACAUUUCCUUACUCUUGACAUCAAAUAAGCUGAAUUUGUAAGGAAAUGUCAUGUUCUAUCGAUGCACUAUAUCCUCAAUGAAUCCUCUAGAUCUUGGGUCAUCAACUAGGUUUGUUGUAAAUUAUUUAAUAAUUAUUGUUUGCGGAGAUGUAGGCCUAUUUGUUAGUGUGUUAAAUGGUGAGGAAGAAAGGCCUACCCAACAUGCGUUAUUCACAUUCAAAUGAACUCAAUAAGCUUACUAAUUUUGGUAUCAAAGUUAAUGAGGAAAAUAGAGGUUUGGUGGUGUAAACUCCUUUGGACGUUACAAGUUUUGAUUAAGAUAUACUUUUUAUAUAUCAUCCCCUCAAAAUAAAAGUAUUUGUUUUACCAAAAUACUUUGGGGGGAGGUGGGGCAGAGGCCACACCCAGCUCUAGACAUACAGUAUAUCAAAAAAUAUAUGUAUCAAAUACACACUGAAAAACUGUGAAGAAUUAUGUCUGGUUUACCAUCACAACUUUUCCAUUUUCUGCAGCAUUAAGUUUAUUUUUUAUUAUAAAACCAUUUCAUGUAUUUCAGUAAAGCUUAAAUCAGGUUUUAUUCACUCUUCAUGCUUUGUCCACAGCUGCCCAUUCAGUUCCAUUUUAUAUAAAAAAAAGUGACAGCUAGUAUUUGGACCUGGCCCUCCAGUGAUAGGAACUCAGGGAACUUUUGAAAUGCUUUUUUCAUGUGUGCAAUGGCAAGGGUAACAUACUGAAUUUCCAAACCGACACCAGACUGGCAGACGGUCACAUUAUGUUGAGUGUGGAUAGUGUCCAGACACUUUCAAACAAAGUGCAAGCAGAGGACAGAAAAAAAAUCAAAGGGAGGGACUAGAACUAGGGAUGCAUGGAAAAUGAUUGGCCGAUAUAUAACACUGUCGGCAGAUGUUGGUACCGGUACUGAUCUUUUGUCAUUUCUGUUGCUUUUGGUUUUGUUGUCAAAAUGUUGCUUUUGAUUAUGCUUUUAAUUUCAACUAAUACAGAUUCAAUCAUCACCUAUAUAUUUUGUAUGAUGAAAAACUAUCACAAAAAUAAGCACAAUGAAUAGAAAAAGUCUACAUUACAUGAUAAUAAAAUAAAUACAUAUUAUCUUUCUGUCAUUCUGUAUUAUAUGAUGCCUGGAUAUAAAUGUGGGAAAUUAGACAUCAUCAACAAAACUGCCAAAGAUAACAAAUAAUAACAAUACAAUACAUAAUGAAGACUUCUUUCUCAGAUUUUAAAGUCACGGGCUGCUAGGAAUGUCUCUUCGGGAUAUGCAUUUUCAAGUGAGCUUCUGGCUCUUCGUUCCAGCAUCAGCUGGCGGUGGUAUAUAAAUUAGUACUUCUUUGGUAGGUAAUUUUUUUGUAGAUAAUUUGGUCUGCAGCUUAAAAAAAGUAGACUCUUGGGGUUCCAAAAUGGUUCUACCUGGAAACAAAAAGGGUUUGCCUAUAGGCACAAUAAAAUAAUUUCAAACACCUUUGGGCUAAGAGUGUAGCCCCAGAUUAUUAAAUCUUAACUGUGUAAACUAGAAAAAAAACUUGUGAAGAUACGUGUUCGUAUUUCAUAUCAAAGUUCGCUCUGUGGAAGGUGCUAUUUUAUCAGAUGUUAUAUGAUCAGGGUGGUAACUACCAUCUCUCUGGUCAGGGUGAUUACAGGGUCAUGAUAAAUGCACUAAUAUCCAUCCAAUUUCUCAGUCUGACAGGCAAAGUACAAAUGGAAUGAAGACUUCUUGGUAUUACUGUCAACCAGAUAUAUCAGGGCAUAUCUUAUAAACACCAAAAAUGUUUAUAAUUUAUCAAUAAAGAACAACAUUUGAUUCA